AUGCCUCUCCGCCUUGGUGACGAAGCCCCUAAUUUUAAAGCAACAACUACUGAGGGUGAUAUCGAUUUUCACGAAUUUAUCGGUAGCUCUUGGGUUGUCUUAUUUUCUCACCCAGCAGAUUUUACUCCGGUUUGCACUACAGAACUCGGAGAAGUUGCACGUCGUAGUAAAGAAUUUGAAGAACGUAAUGUUAAAGUAAUUGGUCUUUCUGCUAAUGAAUUGGGAGACCAUCACAAAUGGGUGAAAGAUAUUAAUGAUGUCAAUAAAGUUAAUGUUGGAUUCCCAAUUAUUGCGGAUGCGGAACGUAAAGUUUCUACUUUAUAUGACAUGUUGGAUUAUCAAGAUCCUACCAAUGUUGAUACCAAGGGAACUCCAUUUACCGUCAGAAGACGUAACUUUGAUGAAAUUAUUCGUGUCAUUGAUUCUCUUCAACUUGGUGACAAGCAUCGUAUUACUACUCCAGCUAACUGGAAGAAAGGCGAUGACGUCAUUAUUCAUCCUAGCGUUUCUAAUGAAGAAGCAGCAACAUUAUUCCCUGAUUAUAAAGCACCAUUGCCCUACCUUCGUUUAGCCAAAUCUCCUUUCUAA